AGCAUUGACGCCGCAGCGGCCAUAUUUAAUGAUGGAAAAAAGGGCAUGAACGACGGGAAACCAUUCUUCCAGCUUCCGGUCACACGCCUUACGCUUUCCCUUCGCCCAGCCUCCCUGUUUCCCGGGGCAACGGCUAGUGGGUAGAGAAAGUGACUGGUAGGUGACGAGCUGCCCCAAGAAAGGAAUGCUAGAUGACCUGAUGUUCUGCGUUAGACGUGCCAGUUCAGACUUUUCACCCACAGCCCCGUGUGGGGCAGAUGUCCACACACUUGGGUCACGCAGCUUCAGGUGUCUUGUGCCCUUACCUCGAUGGACUAACUAGAGUGCGGGGAUGGGAAGCCUAUCCCAACCGGAAGUCGUCUCACUGCCUUCCGGGUCGGGAGCGGAGAGGGUUCUGCAGCCGUAGUACCCCUCCCCCAGGGGGCGCCCAGACCUGAGCCGGACUGGAACCCAAAGCACAAAACCUCAGGCUAGAUGUGAACUGGAUCUGUUGGAUGGGCAACUCUUUCUUUUCCUGGAACACAACUGCAAAUCAGCCUCAUUGCCUAGCCCUUCUACUCAGCUCUGGAGCUACAGAGUUCAACCAGCUCCUGCUCUUACUUCUACAUAGUUAGGGGAAAUAAAGGAAAAUACAGCAGUUCUGAUAUGGCAGAGGUGAAGUCAAUGUUCCGAGAAGUACUUCCCAAACAAGGUCAAUUGUCUGUGGAAGAUGUGGCCACCAUGGUGCUGUGCAAACCCAAACUUCUGCCACUGAAAUCUCUGACUCUUGAAAAAUUAGAGAAAAUGCAGCAAACAGCACAAGAAACUAUUCGCCAACAGGAAAUGGCAGAAAAAGAACAGCACCAAACAAACCAAUGAAUGAAUGAUUUAUUCAUCAAUUUUGGUUACUUUUACUUGCUAUGAUAGUUUUUCAAAAUAAUUCACAUUUGUUUGCUAACCCUGAAAUUUGUAUUGAAGUUAAAAUUCAUGUAAAAUAAGGGGAUAAGUAUAAGUCAUCAAAACAACAUAAUGAACUUAAGCUUUUAUAAUUCCUGUCAUAAACUAUGGUCCAACUUUCACUUUGGCCAUAUUUUAUUUUAAUCUUUAGUAUUCUGUUCAGUGAUUGUUGGAAUUCUGAGUUCUACCACAAGAUUGCAUUUGUCUAGGUGUUGUUCAACAUUCCUAUUUUUAACAAUUUUAGAGAUCCAACAACCCAUAAAAUGUGUAACUUCAUGAAAAUUCUACACAUUGGCCUUUUUGCAUGAUAUAUCAAGACCAAAAAUGAAGUUUAUUUUUUUAAGUGUUUUGAGUUUUUCAGUGGAAAGUGUUGGAGAGAGAAAAAUACUUAAACAAAAUUAUAAAGAUACUACAUAAGCAUAUACAUAUAUACACACAUAUUAUGUACACAUGCACACAUAUUAUGUACACAAACACACACACAUAUAUAUUUGAAAAUGCAUUCAAAUCACAUCAGAAAUAAGCUGAGUUUCUUUUUAAGGAUUCACCUGGGAAUCUGAAGCAGAGGGAAUGAGUAGAUUUGUGAAACAAGAUUUCAUGGUAGACUUUUACUUUCAUUUGAUAAAAACUGCCUAUGUUGGACACAAUGUUUUUUUAACAGAAGUUACAGCCAAUCUUUCUUGGCCAGAAGGAACAAAAUAAAUGUAGCAAUAUUCCUGAACAAUAAAAGGCUGUCUUUUUUUAAAUACA